AUGAAAAGCAGUGACAGGAAAAGGAAAAGGAUGGGGUGUUUUUGCUCCCGAGAUAGAAACCCAAGAGAUAAGAGCAAAAGCAAGAGUGGUGGAAGAUUGCAGGGUCGUGGCAGUGAAGGUAGAACCAGAAGAAUCGAUGGUGGUUUGGUUUCUAUACCGGCCAUGACAAUGGCUGUAAAUAGUUAUGGUUCCACUGGUCAUCAUUCAAGUGGUCAUCAUGGCUGUGGGGGUGGCUGUGGCGGUGGAGGUUGUGGAGGUGGAGGUGGCUGUGGCGGUGGAGGUUGUCGAGGAGGUGGAGGUUCCUAA